GAGCCCCGUCUACCUUUGUCCGCCGCUCCACGCACGAUUCUAAAGCCCUAAACCCCUAAAGUGGUGUGCAUAUUCUGUUCUAGUGUUCUGCUCCCUCAGAUAAAACUCCGUAUUUCUCACUCCCUCUCCUCCGCCCCUCACCCUCAAACAAAACGAAUAUUAGUUGCAAUUGAAAAUGGUUCGAAGCCUCAAGAAUCCCAAGAAGGCCAAGCGUAAGAACAAGGGAGCUAAAAAAGGAGAUGGGUCGUCAUCAAAUUCUGCGCCGUCGGUGCCAACAAAAGUGUGGCAGCCAGGAGUGGAUAAGCUGGAGGAAGGAGAAGAGCUUGAGUGUGACCCUACUGCUUACAAUUCUCUCCAUGCCUUCAAUAUUGGCUGGCCCUGUUUGAGUUUUGAUAUUCUUCACGACUCGUUGGGAUUGGUGCGCACAGAGUUCCCUCAUACAGUGUACUGUGUCGCCGGAACUCAGGCAGAGAAAGCUUCCUGGAACUAUAUUGGAAUUUUUAAAGUAUCUAACAUUUCUGGCAAGAGACGAGAUCUAGUUCCGAAUAAAGUAAAUGCUGAUGGCUCGGAAAUGGAUAGUGAUAGUGGUGAUGACAGUGACACGGAUGAUGAGGAGGAGGGCAGUGGUUCUGAGCCUCCUGUUUUGCGGCUCCGCAAGGUGUUUCAUGAAGGAUGUGUUAACAGAAUACGUGCAAUGACACAAACUCCCCAUAUAUGCGCUUCUUGGUCAGAUAGUGGUCAUGUCCAGAUCUGGGACUUCAGCUCUCAUUUAAGUGCUUUGGCAGAAUCAGAGACGGAUACCAGCCGUGGAGGUUCUGGAGUAAUUAAUCAAUCUCCUGUAAUCAAGUUUGGGCAUAAAGAUGAAGGCUAUGCUAUAGACUGGAGUCCUCUUGUCCCUGGAAGGCUUGUAUCAGGGGACUGCAAGAAUUGUAUUCAUCUGUGGGAGCCCACAUCCAGUUCAACUUGGAAUGUGGAUACCGCUCCUUUUGUUGGACAUACUGCAAGUGUUGAAGAUUUACAGUGGAGUCCUGCAGAACCAUAUGUAUUUGCCUCUUGCUCUGUGGAUCAGAAGAUUGCAAUAUGGGAUACUCGUUUAGGGAAGUCUCCAGCAGUGUCGAUAAAAGCACAUGAUGCAGAUGUCAAUGUGAUCUCAUGGAACAGGCUUGCAAGUUGUAUGCUGGCCUCUGGAAGUGAUGAUGGGAAAUUUACCAUUCGAGAUCUAAGAAUGUUGAAGGAAGGUGAUUCUAAUUUGGGCACAUUCGAUUAUCACAAGCAUCCCAUUACAUCCAUUGAGUGGAGUCCACAUGAAGCGUCUACCUUGGCAGUUUCAUCAUCUGACAACCAAUUGACGUUAUGGGACUUUGCUUUGGAAAGAGAUGAUGAAGAGGAGGCUGAAUUUAAAGCUAAGACUCAGGAGCGAGUAGAUGCCCCUGCUAAUCUGCCUCAACAGCUGCUGUUUGUUCAUCAGGGCCAGAAAGACAUGAAAGAACUUCACUGGCAUGCACAGAUUCCAGGAAUGAUUAUAUCUACUGCUGGAGAUGGCUUUAAUGUACUAAUGCCAUCAAAUAUCGAAAGCUCACUCCCUGCAAAUAAUGCUUGAAAGUUGAAACAAUUUCAUCCAUUCCAUUCCGGAAGACAUCACCGAGCAUCACACUGAUUGUUUGGAAAGGCACGGGGAUGAACAUUGAUCAAAUCGCUUGCAAACAGUUUUCUGAGGUCACUGUACGCAGUUAAAAAGUUGAUAUCAAUUUUGUCUCAGCACCUAUCUAAUUGUGGUUAUGGUACGGAAGACGCUUGAUCUUACAUCAUCUUUUUACUUUCUUUUGCUACAAAAAUUCUGAGAAAUGAAAUCAAAGGAAAGAAUCUGAUUGCCUCUA